CACGAGAGAGAGAGAGAGAGAGAGAGAGAGAGAAGACGUAGUGAGAGAGAGAGGGAGAUCUGCAAUGGCGGCGAUAACGACCGCGGUGAUCGCCAUCGCCGGAGUGAUUCUGGGAUGGAUAACCAUUGAAAUCGCGUGCAAGCCUUGCCUGGAGAGAGGCCGAGAAGCCAUCGAUCAAUCUCUCAACCCCGAUUACGACCCCGACGACGAUUCCUCCGCCGUGCGAGCGCCUCUUCUCGCCAAUCCUCAACCGGAGCACUCCGAUCCAUCCGACGCCGCCGGUGACGGAUCCUCCUCCGAUCCCUCCACCGCGAUCAAGUCCAUCUGACCGGAAUAUCCGGUUCAGGAUGCUUCGUGCUUGCCCCUCGAUUUCUCGGUAUUUACCUGAAUUGCCAUCCAUCUUAAUUCGUGUUUUCGUGCUUUGUCUAUGAGCUGGGACCUACAUUUGCGCUGAUUCGGUAAUCGAUGAUUGUGUUAUUUUCCUUGAAUGAAGGAGAAAAAUGAAUCAGUAUUUUGCACUUUUAAUUAAUUAAUUAAUCACAUGAAUGUAAUUA